AUGGAUUCUAACGACUUUCGAAAACAUUACGGCAUGAAACCAGACUCGCGUUAUAUUCACAACAAUUUCGGCGACCACAGCAACUUGGGAUCAAGUUCAAGAACAAAUUUGCAGCACGCUAACUUCGAAAAAACUCGAGACACAAUUGAAUUAUUUAGCUCAGAAAUUUCAAAUUUUGACGCGCAGUGCCCGAAUUUGUUGGAAAAUACCUACAACUUAGAACAAGUCAAUGAGAGUCAAUUCCCAACAGAUUUCUCUGGCACGACAACUCCAAGUUUUUAUUCUAUCAGCCAUACUCCUGGUGAGAAAGAAGAACCCAUGUUAUUCGAAGUGUUAAACAAUAAUUUGGGACAGUUUUCUCGGAGUCAACGCCAAAAAAAUUUUCAAAUUUCAUCCAGACACGCUGCAAAUUUUCUUGAUACAUUUCCCUAUAACUAUGAACAAUUACUUCCAACUUUACAUUUCUAUACCGACCAUGAAAGGUUAUUUGGGAAUCCACAUUUUAUUUUCAUGGGGCAACGAGAACGUGAUGCCUACGUCCAGUCACCUUGUGUAUUGUUUGGAAAGUCUCCCCACCCAACAGAUUUUUCUUUCAUUUCCUUGGAGCAAGAAGGACAUAAUUCCUAUGAUAAGGUGCCCUCGUCACCAGAUGCGUUUUUUGAAAAAUCUCAAAUUCAACAGCCAAUGGAUCUUUUUGGUUCAACAAUUUUACAUUCCAUAUCCGUGGAACAAAACAAACAGAAUACCUAUAAGAAAAUAUCUGGUACAUUGAAAAAUCGCAAAGAACGGCAUAAAUGCAACAUUUGCGGAAAAUCUUUCACGGGUCCAUGCGCAUUGCGAAUUCACGGCGUCUCGCAUACAAAAGAAAAACUAAAUCAGCAUACACAGUAUACUCUCGCUUCCGAUGGGUUCUUGACCAUAACACAUAAAACUCAGAAGAACACUGUGGCGGCACAGGAUCUUCCAUAG